UCAGCUGGCAGACAAAAUUCAGCUCCACGGGAAUUCCGGCGCACCGGCUUUUUAAAUUCGCAAGGAGAGUGCGCGGCGAAACUAGUAUUAUCCCAAUAUCUUUCUAUCCUUGAUGUUAACAUGAGACUGGCAGGCCGCUAUUGCGUUGCACUGGCUGUGCUGAUCGCUAUUUGGCUUACAUUCCUCUUUUACUGCACGGAAAAAAUAACGUACUUCGACAAUAGCAGUCAUAAGGAUCCUGUCGAGAUACUAUGGUGGUCGAGGGAUAUGUCAUGGAGCUACGACGAGGAGCGCCACUGCGGCAUCAACACGUGUCGCAUCACCAACAAACGCAGUCGUCUUCCAAUGGCUCGGGGUGUUUUGUUUUAUGGCUCCAACAUGAAGACGGGGGACUUUCCAAUACCGCGUGGCAAGCAUCAAGUGUGGGCAUUACUGCACGAAGAAUCCCCCAGGAACGCUCCGUUUGUUCCCCACGAGGAGUUUCUCCGGCAUUUCCACUUCACCUCGACGUUCAGCCGCUUCAGCACCUUACCGCUGACCACACAGUACUUACCCAGUGGACAAGCGCUCACCUCCAGGGAUUACCACGUUUCGUUUGCCGGAAAGUCCAAGUGGCUUCAUCGUCCAUCGGCAACUGUGGCCUUUCUGCAAAGUGAUUGCGACACAAUGUCUGGCAGGGAGGAUUACGUGAAGGAGCUGAUGAAGCAUAUGACGAUUGAUUCCUUUGGCAGCUGUCUGCGCAACAAAGAUCUGCCCGAAAGCCUGAACAAGGAUUACUUGAAUAAUCUUUACUCACCGGAGUUGAUGCGUUUCCUGUCCGAAUACAAGUUUAUGAUUGCCUUUGAGAAUGCUGCCUGUCCCGAUUACAUUACCGAAAAGUUCUGGAGACCUUUGGUAAUGGGCGUGGUUCCCAUUUACUUCGGAUCACCCACGAUUAAGGACUGGCAGCCGAACAAAAAGUCAGCGAUUUAUGUUGAUGAUUUUCCACAUCCGCGUGCAUUGGCAAAGUUUUUAAAUGAGUUGGGCGACAACCAAACCGAAUACGAUUCGUAUCGCAGCCACAAAAUAAAUUGGCGUAAACCAAUCUCGAACCAACGACUGCUCCACAAUCUGAUUACGCGUCAAUACCAUAUUGGCGAUUCAUCUCCGGAGGGAUCACUCUUUCAAAAGUUUGAGUGUGCGGUCUGCAAUUAUGUUAUCAACACAGCCAGAAAUGUGAUGGCCAACUCGCGUCACUACAACUGCCCCAUGGAACCGCUGUAUGCUAAACUGGAGAAUCAAGAGGAGCCCCAAAAUGUAGCCGACUGGCGAUCCAUGAUGGAGGUAGGCCGCUGCCAAGCCAAGAUACUCGACGAAUUUUUUGUCCGGAAUAAUAGCUUUAAACAGGCUGACAUUGAUGACGAACUUAACCGCAGGAUGGAGAAAACUGAUUGCCAAUAAAUAUAUGUACAUAUUAUAAAACUAUUAUACGAUAAUAUUCCUUCGGUUUUACCAUGUGAUAGUAUAUUUAUAAAUUAAUAUUAAGUAUUUAAUAUUUGUGAUACCCAAUUCUGGAUGAAAACUGAUUUUUGGGAAACAUUUACCUGUACAACCUUUGAAUAAAAAUUACAAAACCAAAUUACGAAA